ACAUCAAGUCUGCUACUACAAUCAUAUCACCAUAUCAUAUCAUAUGAAAAAUAAAUUUAUAUAUAAUUUAAAUAAUCCCACGCCGACCGCCUUCUGCUAUGACGGUUUAUAUCUGACGUGGCAUCACACUUCUUUUCUACUAAACUACUACUAGUACUGUAUUCGUCCUAAUAAAGCAACAACAAAAAAUAAAGAAGCACAGAAUAAAGCAAUACAAAUCUCUUUAUUUUAUAUAUAUUUUUAUAUUUAUUCCUAGAUUCAAUUUCACGCUUUUCUUUAUUAACAAUUAAGUAAAUGUGAAAAACACACACACACACAGACACAAAUAAUGGAACAAGUAGGGAGACAGAAAACAUGGACAGAAGAACUGGCAAGUUUAGUUGAAGAUACCGGAAUACGUUACACUACUUCUACUGAUUACGAUACUACUAAUCUCUCAACGACGUCGUUUGAUUUGAAAUCUGUGUUGCUAGAGAGUGAACGUGUUGAGGAGGAGGAGGAAAGUGUAAAGGAACAGAUAAAAGGAUUUGUGAAAUCGUGGGGUGAAAUUGUGAUUGAUUUAACUAAAGGUUUUAAGGAUGUUGUGUUUCAGACUGUGUUAACUGAUGAUUGCUUUCUUGUUAAGAAACUUAGAGGCCCUUUUACAAAUGUGGUUGGCAAGUUGAGUGUUUUUAAUGACUUGUGUUUGCCCGAGGAUAGGGAUCCGGCUUACGCUUGGCCGGUUAUUUUAUCCGUUUUUCUUGUUGCUCUUGCAGUUUUAUGUGUGAAUAUAACGUAUGAGAAUACUCCAGUUCCACUGAUACAAGUACAUCCUCCUAGUGCAAACCGGAUAAUACUUCCUGAUGGUAGAAACAUGUCGUAUAAUGAGCAAGGAGUUUCUGCAGACAGAGCUAGAUAUUCGAUAGUUGCUCCUCAUGGAUUUUUGUCAUCUCGGCUUGCAGGUAUACCAGGCAUCAAGAAGUCACUAUUGGAAGAGUUUGGUGUUCGAUUGGUAACUUAUGAUCUACCUGGAUUUGGGGAAAGUGAUUCACACCCAAACAGAACUCUCCAAUCAUCAGCUAUUGAUCUUUUACACUUAGCAGACGCUGCCAAAAUUGUGAACAAGUUCUGGGUGCUGGGGUACUCAAGCGGGGCAAUUCAUGCUUGGGCUGCCCUUAAUUACAUACCUAGUAAAAUUGCAGGUGCGGCGAUGUUUGCUCCAAUGGUUAAUCCAUAUGACCCUGGCAUGACCAAGGAAGAAAAGUUAGGAACUUGGGAGAAAUGGACAAGGAGGAGGAGAUUUAUGUAUUUUUUAGCUCGACGAUAUCCAAGACUUCUAAGGUUCUUCUACCGUCGAACUUUCCUUUCAGGAAAACAUGGUCCUAUUGAUAAGUGGCUGUCUUUGUCUCUUUUAGAGCAGGAUAAAGCUGUGACUGAAGAUCUAGUAUUUAAAGAAUUUUGGCAACGUGAUGUGGAGGAAUCGAUCCGGCAGGGAAAUGUGAAAACAUUUGUAGAGGAAGCCAUGUUACAAGUGGCAAGUUGGCCAUUUAGUCUGAUGGAUUUACAAGUGCAAAAGAAGUGCCCAGAGAAAGGCUUUUUUCAUUGGUUUAAGUUCAUGUCCAGUGAAGCAGAAUGCAAAUUAGUUGGGUUUCUGGAACCAAUUCAUAUUUGGCAGGGAAUGGAAGACCUGGUUGUACCAACCUCGAUGAUUGAUUAUGUGGCCCGUGUCCUACCAAGUGCAAUUAUGCAUAAGCUUCCGGAUCAAGGCCACUUCUCAUACUUUUACUUCUGUGAUGAAUGUCAUAGAACAAUUAUGUCGAUCCUCUUUGGAGAACCACAAGGCCCCAUUGGACUCCUUGAGCAAGCUCCUUUAGAGAGCACUGUGAAAGAAGGGGGACAAAGUUAGAACUGUCCAAUUUUCCCAAACUAUACUUCCUCAAAGUUAAAACUGUCCAAUGACGUUAAUCCCGCCCCUUUACACAUUUUGAUUACGAAGUACAUAUACCUCACAGGUUCAAUCGGUCUUGGUUAAGAAAGGUAGAGUGUAGUUACCAGUAACCUUUAGAAGUUUAGUCUUUGUUCACAUGACAGUUAUAGGUGAAUUGGGUCUGUUUUGACACUACUUGUUUGCACUCGUUUUUGGGUCAGAACUGUUUAGGCUAAUGUCUCUAUACACGAAGCUAUUACGUUACGUGGCUUUUUUAUGUAAUUGGGCAUCUGACUUGCACUUUAUGCUGUUUUA